GACAGGAGAGAGGAGAGGAACUGAGAGAAGAAGGAGGAGGAGGAGGGCACUGAGGAAGAAGAAGGCAGGGAGUAUCGAUGAUAUCAAGCAGCAGUAUCUGAGGGCCGCCCGACUAGAAAUGCUCUCCCGACAAAAGGGCUGAGGUGCCGCCGUGACCCGCUGCGCUCCCGAGAGGUCGGUCGACCGACGGCACAGGACCGUGGGUGGAGAGGGAGGGGAGGGGACGCCGGCGAUGUGUGCAUGCAUCCUCCACAAAGGCAGACCCUUCUCUGAGUGGAGCUCCGCUGCCACUGGAUUACAUUUACCCCAGCCUGCUGUUUCCGAGGAAGCUUCCCGCUGCAAAUCCACCCACAUGAAUCUACCAGACGGAAAGGAAGACGGAGCACUUUCUGCCAAGAGUGCCUACCUCUGUUGAGUGAAGCCCUACCUGUAUCUCCGUCAUCUCCAACCAACCCACGGCGGCGCGAUGCCUCUGCCAAAAACGGGCCGAGUUCAGGCCCAGCCCAGGAGGCCUGUGAUGGGGCUCUGCCUGAGCCCAUCUCCCCUGUGUCUGCUGCUGCCUUUGAUCAUCCUGCUAACCAGACCCCUGAGCAGCAUCGGCGGACCACUAGCUCCCCCAAAGUUCACCAAGAUUCCCACAGACCAGAUCGGAGUGUCCGGGGGCGUGGCGUCGUUUGUUUGUCAGGCCACGGGCAAUCCCAAGCCUGUCGUCUACUGGAACAAGAAGGGCAAGAAGGUCAACUCCCAGCGUAUCGAGGUGACCGUAGAAUUUGAUGAGGGUGCGGGUGCUGUGCUGAGGAUCCAACCACUCAGAGCACCCCGAGAUGAGAACAUUUACGAGUGCGUGGCUCGCAACAGCGAAGGGGAGGUGUCCGUCACCGCAAAGCUGGCCAUUAUCCGAGAGGACCUGUUGCCAUUCGGCUUCCCCAGCAUUGACAUGGGCCCCCAGCUGAAGGUGGUGGAGCGGACGAGGACGGCCACCAUGCUGUGCGCGGCCAGUGGCAUCCCGGACCCAGAGAUCUCCUGGUUCAAAGACUUCCUGCCCGUGGACACCAGCACGAGCCAGGGCCGCAUCAAACAGCUUCGAUCAGGGGCGCUUCAGAUCGAGAACAGCGAGGAAACGGACCAAGGGAAGUACGAGUGCGUGGCCACCAACUCUCAAGGCGUGCGCUACUCUUCUCCCGCAAAUCUAUACGUGAGAGAGCUUCGAGAAGGAGCGACAGACACAUUGCGCCGCGUGCCCCCUCGCUUCUCCAUCCUCCCCUCCAACCACGAGAUCAUGCCGGGAGGGAGCGUCAACAUCACCUGCGUGGCCGUGGGUUCGCCCAUGCCUUACGUCAAGUGGAUGCUGGGAAGCGAGGACCUGACCCCCGAGGACGAAAUGCCGAUCGGACGGAACGUGCUGGAGCUCAACGGCGUCCGGGAGUCCGCGAACUACACCUGCGUGGCCAUGAGUAGCCUGGGUAUCAUCGAGGCCACCGCCCAGGUCUUAGUCAAGACUCUCCCGAAGCCUCCCGGUACACCCAUCGUCACGGAGACCACCGCCACCAGCGUGACGAUCACCUGGGACUCGGGCAACCCCGACCCCGUCUCCUACUACAUCAUUCAGUACCGAGCCAAGGGGCCGGACAGCAAGUACGAGACGGUGGACAGCAUCACCACGACCCGCUACAGCAUCGGGGGGCUGUACCCCAACACCGAGUACGAGAUCAGAGUGUCGGCCUUCAACAGCAUCGGGCAGGGGCCCCCGUCCACUCGCGUGGAGGCUCGCACGGGAGAGCAGGCCCCUGCCAGCCCGCCCCGAAACGUCCAGGCGCACAUGAUUUCCGACCAGAACACCGUGUUGGUGCGCUGGGAGGAACCAGAGGAGCCGAACGGACAGGUGAAAGGCUACCGCGUGUACUACACCAUGGACCCGUCCCGGCCCAUGAAUGAGUGGCAGAUUCACAACGUCCAGGACAGCGUGAUCACCACCAUCCAGAACCUCGUGACCUCAGAGACCUACACCAUCCAGGUCCUCGCCUUCACCUCCGUAGGGGACGGACCCUUCUCGGACCCCGUCCACGUCAAAGUCCAGCGCGGAGUUCCAGGCCAACCAGGCAAGUUUAAAGUCGGUAAGGUGACAGACACCAGCAUAGAGCUGACCUGGGAACCCUCCUACACCAAAGAGAAAAUUGUCAACUAUGAGCUGCUCUACAAGCCUGUCAAGUUUGGCAGUUUGGAGAAGCUGACCUUCGGGCCGAGGAAUUCUUACAUCGUGGAGGGUCUGAAAGCGAACACAGAGUACUCCUUCUCCCUGGCCGCCAUCUCGAACAAAGGCAUCGGAGCUUUCACUAACGAACUGGUGCAGAGGACGUCGCAAGCCAAGCCCUCAGCUGCGCCGGAGGGUGUGUCCUGCGAGAGUGCCAGCUCCACCUCGCUGAGAGUAAGUUGGAGGCCUCCUCCGGUAGAGGGCCAGAACGGAGAGCUGGCAGGUUAUGAGCUGAGAUACCAGAGGGUUUCUGGGGCUGGAGGCGGAGGUCAGGGCCCGGAGGUGAAGGGCCGUCCUAUCCCGGCCCAGCAGGGGCAGACAGUGGUAGAGGGGCUGGAGAAAUGGAGCUGGUACAACAUCACCAUGGCAGCCUCCACCGCGGAGGGGACUGGACCGAGCAGCCCGACUGUUCUUUGCAGAACAGAUGAGGAUGUUCCCAGCGCUGCCCCUCGUCAGGUGGACGUCCAGUCGCUCAACUCCUCGGCACUUCGAGUCACGUGGCGCUCUGUGUUGCCGCGGUUACGCCAAGGCCAGAUCCGUGGCUACCAGGUGCACUUCAGCCACGCAGAGAGCGGCAAAUCACGCAACCUUCCCCGGAUAAAAGACCUCCUGUUGGACGAGUCUCAGAUGGAGGAGGAUGACUCGACUCAGUAUGAGCUGAUUUUGGGAGGUCUGAAAGCAGAGACUUUGUACUCUGUCUCUGUGGCAGCGUACACCACCAAAGGGGACGGAGCGCACAGCAAAGCCAAGCUGGUACAGACCCCGGGGAUUGUGCCCGGGCCCCCUUCCCUUUGGGUGCGUCCAGGAUCAGGUCCAUCAGUAGUGGUUCACUGGGCUCCUCCGCUGGACUGCUCUGAGUCAGGUCCUGAUAGCCGCGGGGCCCCAGUGGAAAUUCUGGGCUACCGCCUACAGUUUGGCCUGAAGAACACCUCCUUAAACGCCACGGUGGAUUUCACAAGUCGGGAGAAAAACUUCACUGCCAGCAACCUCUCCCAGGGCUCCUCCUACGUCUUUGUCCUCUCUGCAAAGAGCCGCGCCGGCUACGGAGACGCGGCGCAGCAGGAGAUAACAGUUCCCAUGUUCCCGCCCUUGGGCUACCCCAAAAUAUCUGACUUUGUCAACGCCACUUGUUGUUCCCUGGAGCUCUCCUGGCUUCCCCCUGCCCCAGAGGAGAGCAACGGUGUCAUAGCGGAGUACACGAUAGCUUACAAAGAGGCUGCAGGCCCCAAACUCUCCGCCGACCCAACCCCCUCCGCCUUACCAGCCCCUUCCUCUCCCCCGUGGCUGAUCACAUUGCCGGCGAGUGAGUCCAGCUACACCAUCCUGGGCCUCAAUCACAGCACGGCCUACGAGUUGCAGCUCAGAGCCCACAACAAGGCGGGGCCAGGCCCCUUCAGCCCACCUGUGGUGUGUCUCACCUUGGCCCUUGAAACAGAUGUGCCAAGGAAUUUUUCUGUCAAUCUGGCCACUAAGACCAGUGUUCUUCUGACCUGGGAGUUUCCGGAGAGCAGCAACCCCUAUCGCUUCACUGUGGAGUAUAACCGUCAGAAGAUGGAGGUGGACGCCCGCCUCCGAAAGGCGGUCAUCCCGAACCUCCAGGCCGACACCAGCUAUGACUUUAAAAUCACCGCUCCCGAGGGCAACAUGGGAGGCCUCCGGCACCGCAUCACCGCCAAGACGUCCCCGCCGAUCACCAUCCGCCGGCCUGAGAUCGACCAUACCCGUGAGACGGAAACCACCGUCACUAUAAUCUUGCCAUCGCUGGAAACUCGCACUCCCGUCAAGAAUGUUUACGUCGUUGUGGUUCCGCUGCGGAGAGCCCGCGGCGUCAUCAGACACCUCAAGAGCCCAGAUGAAAUGGACCUCGAGGAGUUGUUGAAAGACAUCAGUCAGAGGCAGAGGGAUUCUCGGCAGCAGAAGCAGGUGGACCUGCGCCGGGCUUACAUCACAGCCCGGUUCACACCUGCCACCCUUCCGGCCUUCUUCACCCUGGGGGACCAGCUGGAUUACGGCGGCUUUGAGAACAGGGCUCUGGAGGCGGGGCAGGAGUACGUCUUCUUCAUCCUGGCCGAGCUGAACUCCACAACUGGGAAGAUGUAUGUGGCCAGCCCUUACACGGACCCAGUGAUCGCUCCAGAUUCGGACCCUCAGCCGUUCGACGCAGGCGACGGUCUGAUAUGGGUGGUCGGGCCUGUCCUGGCCGUGGUCUUCAUCAUCUGCAUCGUCAUCGCUAUCCUGCUUUACAAAAACAAACCUGACAGCAAGCGCAAGGACUCCGAACCUGGAACCAAGAGCCUCCUGAGCAACGCGGAGAUGAUGGCCCAUCACCCGACAGACCCCGUGGAGAUGAGGCGCAUCAACUUCCAGACGCCCGGAAUGAUGAGCCACCCUCCCAUCCCCAUCAGCGAGCUGGCUGAGCACAUAGAGCUGCUGAAAGCCAACGACAACCUGAGACUCUCCCAGGAGUACGAGUCAAUCGACCCAAGCCAGCAGUUCACCUGGGAGCACUCGAACCUGGAGGUCAACAAGCCCAAAAACCGCUACGCUAACGUCAUAGCGUACGACCACACCAGAGUCGUCCUGGCCCCCAUAGAAGCAGGUAUCCUGGGGAGCGACUACAUCAACGCCAACUACAUUGAUGGCUACAGGAAGCAAAAUGCCUACAUCGCUACCCAGGGGCCGCUAGCGGAGACGUUCGGGGACUUCUGGAGGAUGGUGUGGGAGCAGCGGGCCGCCUCUGUCGUAAUGAUGACGCGUCUGGAAGAAAAGUCGCGGAUAAAGUGUGACCAGUACUGGCCAAGCCGUGGCACAGAGACCUAUGGGAUGGUCCAGGUUACGCUGCUGGACACAAUGGAGUUGGCCACUUUCUGUGUUCGCACCUUCUCCCUGCAUAAGAGUGGAAGCAGCGAGAGGAGAGAGGUGCGUCAGUUCCAGUUCACGGCCUGGCCUGAUCACGGUGUCCCAGAGUAUCCCACCCCCUUCCUCAACUUCCUCCGCAGGGUCAAAUCCUGCAACCCCCCUGAUGCCGGACCCAUCAUCGCUCACUGCAGCGCUGGCGUCGGUCGCACUGGCUGUUUCAUUGUCAUCGAUGCCAUGCUGGAGCGCAUUCGACACGAGCGCACCGUGGACAUCUACGGCCACGUGACCCUGAUGCGCUCGCAGAGGAACUACAUGGUGCAAACAGAGGACCAAUACAGCUUCAUCCACGAGGCCCUGCUGGAGGCCGUGGCCUGCGGGAACACCGAGGUGGCCGCCAGGAGUCUGUACUCCUAUAUGCAGAAGCUGUCCAAGGUGGAGAGCGGGGAGCACGUCACCGGCAUGGAGCUGGAGUUUAAGCGACUGGCCAACACCAAAGCCCACACGUCCCGGUUUGUCACAGCCAACCUGCCUUGCAACAAAUUCAAGAACCGACUCGUCAACAUCAUGCCGUACGAAACCACUCGCGUGUGCCUCCAGCCAAUCAGAGGCCUGGAAGGCUCCGACUACAUCAACGCCAGCUACAUAGACGGAUACAGGCAGCAGAAAGGCUACAUUGCCACCCAGGGUCCACUGGCCGAGACUACAGAGGACUUCUGGAGGAUGCUGUGGGAACACAACUCCACUAUAGUGGUCAUGCUCACCAAGCUGAGAGAAAUGGGACGGGAGAAGUGUCACCAGUACUGGCCCGCCGAGCGCUCAGCGAGGUAUCAAUACUUCGUGGUGGAUCCCAUGGCGGAGUACAACAUGCCCCAGUACAUCCUGCGGGAGUUCAAAGUUACAGAUGCUAGAGAUGGCCAGUCGCGAACAGUGCGCCAGUUCCAGUUCACCGAUUGGCCAGAGCAGGGCGUGCCCAAAUCUGGUGAGGGCUUCAUCGAUUUCAUUGGCCAAGUGCACAAAACCAAGGAGCAGUUUGGCCAGGAUGGACCAAUCAGCGUUCACUGCAGUGCUGGUGUGGGGCGGACAGGUGUCUUCAUCACUCUGAGUAUUGUCCUGGAGAGGAUGCGUUACGAAGGGGCAGUGGACAUCUUCCAAACUGUCAAAAUGCUGCGGACACAGAGACCAGCCAUGGUGCAGACUGAGGAUGAGUACCAGUUCUGCUACCAGGCUGCUCUCGAGUACCUGGGUAGCUUCGACCACUAUGCAACGUAAGAGAAGAGACAAACCGACCAUCCAUCUUUCAAAGUCCACUAACAACAAGUGACACGAGAGAAAGACGGCCAGAAAUAACGUGAACAUUGAACCUUUUUCCGGGAGCGAGAUUCGCAGACGAAUUCUACACCAACACAAACAAAAACAGCAACAAGAAAUCUCCGUCUAACAGCACCCACGCUCAUCAGCAGUCUCCCCGAGGAGCUGGUGGGCGUCGAGACUAUCCAUGUGUAAUCCAUAUACUUACCUCAGUGUUCCAGUGUGAAGGACGUAUAAUACAUGUGUGUUGUGGUCAGCUAUCUCAAAUAUGAACCAGUGAAAUACAAAUGGCUUCUGAACAGGAAUUAUGAUACUCUAUGUGUAUAAAAUACAAAACGAUUUAAAAAAAAAAAAUAAGAAACACAAAGAGCCUGGAUAUUUGCUGCACCCUAAAUGGGCUUUUUAUCCUCAACUUUGUAUCUAUUGGUUUGGUGUACUAAAAGGGGUUACAAAGUGCAACGGUGAACAUUUCUAUGUAUCUGUGAGUCUUAUUUGGAAGGUGUCUAGGUUAUGCCUCAGCAGAAGCCUGCAGUAUGGAUUCACCACCCCGAGGGCCGGUGGAGAAGCAUGUGGAUGCUCAUUUUACCUGAUGCACAGUGCCAAGAGAAACCAUACAGCGCAAACACGAACUGUGGCCUCUUAAGGAGAGGUGGCUCCUUCUGUCAUCCAGCAUAACACGAAGUCACAGAGAGAGCAGAGACCUUCACACAACCCAAAACGAGUCCUCACCGAGGCGCGGCUGGCCUCACGGGCAGCGGCCAGAGCCCACCAUAUCCUUAACUGGGCUGAGAUUUUUGUUUUGCAGUCGGGCGCGCUCCUCAUCCGACAAAGCUUUGCUCGCUCUUUCCUGUAAUCCUCGUUCAUCCUCCCGCUCGGCUUCUCUUGAUGUCAGUCCCAUUGUGUCAGCGCAGCAGUGGCUUAAACUGAAAGAGACGCCGAUGAAAGAACCGUCGGCUUCUUCCCAGCCCAUAUCUGCGCAUUUCUUUUGUUCGUUUCAUUUAUUUUUUACUGUACGUCACUGCCUUACGCUGACUUCUGUCUGUUGUGUUUCGACAUGCUGCCUAACGCUCAUGCACCGUGUGCUAAACUUUUGCUGUCGUACGUUCACCUUCACCUGAGGAUGAUAUUUGUCUCCCGAUCAUCUUCCUCCUCUGAAGCUUCCCUACUUGAAUUGCAGCACUUUGCAGUAAAAAAAAAACAAAAACAAAAAACCUUCAGUUAAGUUAAGGCUACUGGCUAUGAAAGCUAAUGAGAGAAAUCCAAAAAAAAAAAAAAAAAACGUACAGUAUAAAUAUGUAGAGCCUAGUGGUGAGUCGCACACUUUAAACAGUCCUCUCCCUGUUUCCCACUUCCCUUAUUAAACAUUUCUCUGUUCCCUUAAUCCCCUCUGUACAGAUCAUCCCGGCUUUACCAGUUGAUGUUUUCCCCUCCGUCGAGCUCCAGUACAACCGCACAAGUCCUUUAUAUCGAUGUGUAUCUUUUGUUAAUUUGACAUAUAAUCAGAAUUGGUCCCACGUGGUGAUUAAAUAAAGAGCACAGCGAUGUUCCCGUGUGUCAGACAUCUUGGGGAAAAAAAACAAAAACAAAAAAAAAAAAACACACCAAUUUU